AUGCGGAUGGAGUUCGGGAGAUACGGCGCGUAUCGCAUCGAUCAGGAGGAAGCUAUCAAAGAGCUCCUGCACGCAAAUGGGAUGAGUGACGCAAACCCGACCAAGACUCCAAUCGUAGACGACUGCUAA